UUUUGGAGCAGAAGUAUGGCUAUUUCCACUGUAAAGACUGCAAGACCAGAUGGGAGAGUGCUUAUGUGUGGUGCAUUUCUGGAAGCAACAAGGUGUACUUCAAGCAGCUCUGUCGCAAAUGCCAAAAGGGCUUCAAUCCCUAUCGAGUGGAAGCAAUCCAGUGCCAGACCUGUUCAAAGACUCGUUGUUCCUGCCCUCAGAAGAAAAGACAUAUUGAUCUCAAGAGACCUCAUCGCCAAGAACUUUGUGGCCGCUGCAGAGGCAAGAGGCUGUCCUGUGAUAACACCUACAGCUUUAAAUACAUUGUCUGAUCUCUGUGCCCUCUCGUUUUGUGCUUUGCGCUUUUGUCAGUCUCUUGCAACGUUUUGACUUUAGGCUUUUGACCUGGCAUUGGAUAAUGGAUAAAGACUUUUGUAUUAUUUAUAAAUUGUAUAACUCCAUUGUAAAUAUGCUGUGAAUAAAGUUCAAUAAACGUUGGCACUGGUUUGUUA